AUGGCUGUGCGAGAUAAGGUCCUGCCCAUCAGUGAGAUGUGCACCUCCUUCCCGGAGGUGAUGGAGCUGAACGUGGGAGGACAGGUGUAUGUGACCAAACACGACACCCUGAUCAGCAUCUCGGGGUCCCUCCUGGCCACCCUCUUCUCCGGGCGCCACGCCGAGGAGCUGCCCAGGGACAACCGGGGUCGCUUUUUCAUAGACCGGGACGGGUUCCUCUUCAGGUACAUCCUGGAUUACCUCCGGGACAAGCGGCUGGUGCUGCCCGACCACUUCCCGGAGAAGGAGCGGCUGCUGAGGGAGGCCGAGCACUUCCAGUUGGGGGACCUGACGGCGUGGCUGAAGCCCGGGGUGGCCAAGCAGAGCUCGGCGGCGCCCGAGGACGCCUGGUGGCCCAGCGACCCGGAGGAGACCUCCCAGAGCAGCGACCCGCCGGCAGCCCGGGCCGGGGAGAGGAGGUCGGGCUUCGUCACCGUCGGCUACCGAGGCUCCUCCAGCUCGGCCAGGGACCCCCAGGCGGACGCCAGGUUCAGGCGGGUGGCCAGGAUCACGGUGUGCGGGAGGGUCGCCCUGACCAAGGAGGUCUUCGGGGAGAGCCUGAACGAGAGCCGCGACCCCGACCGCCCCCCCGACAAGUACACGUCCAGGUUCUACCUGAGGUUCACCCACCUGGAGCAGGCGUUUGACCGGCUGUCCCGGGCCGGCUUCCUCCUGCUGGCCUCCAACUGCACCGGCACCGGCACCGGCACCGGACAACACCGAGAGGACAGGCUGUGCAGCAGCUACACCGAGUACAUCUUCUUCCGCGGACCACAAAGACCAGUCUCACCAAAAUCAGAGUGUGAAGAGAGGAAGCAGGAGAAGGGAGACAAAGGAAUGGAAAGCGCCACCUCUUGCAAUGAGCUCUCCACCUCCAGCUGUGAAAGUCAGUCAGAAGCCAGCACUCCGCAGGAGAAUAUCGCUGCUGCAAUGCAGCCCACAGCACAUCAGCCUAAUACCCUGACCUUGGAUCGCUCCUCAAAGAAAGAUCCCGUGCAGUGGAUGCAACAGCCAGAGAAACGCAGAAACAGUGAACUUUUUCAGACGUUGAUGAACACUUCACGUGACUCGGCCCUCUGUAAAAAGAAAAUCAAUGAAAAAUUGAGCGUCGAGGAUGAAAUGAAAAAAUGCAUCCAAGAUUUUGGGAAGAUCAAAAUACCCCAUGAGUUCCCAGAGCGUAAACGCCCGUGGCAGUCCGAACUAUUGCAGAAGUACGGACUUUAAGAAACUUGCUGCAGUUUGAAUUCAGUUCGAAAUAAGAUUUUGAAGUUUUCAACUGCCUACUGUCCAUCUCAUCUUUUCUGUCCUUAAAUUGUGAUAAGACUGUUUAGAAAAAUAACACGGGAUGUUUGUCAGCUAAUCA